AUGCCUGAAGCUGAGACAGUCACAGGCAGAGAUUCCACGUCACUCAAAGAAGAUGAGGUGAAAAAGAGUGCACAGAAACCAAUGAACUUACAAAUUAAGAUGAGAUCACAGACUGGUGAUAAACUCAAUACAUGUGAUAUAUGUGGUAAAGGGUUUGCUCAUAGUUCAGCCUUAGGAAGACACAAACGAACACAAACUGGUGAUAAACCUUAUAGAUGUGAUGUAUGUGGGAUACACAUAAGAACACACACUAAUAAUAAACCCUAUAAAUGUGAUGUAUGCAGUAAAAGUUUUGCUCAGAGUUCAAGCUUAAGGACACACAUAAGAACACACACUGGUGAUAAACCAUAUAAAUGUGAAAUGUGUGGGUUUCUUUAA